ACAGGGUGGGGGGAAAGACAGCCGAGGCCCAGGCUAAGGAAAUGCACCAAUCAGCUGCUCCCCCGGGCUCACAACUGUCUGCUGCGCCCGGAAAACAAGCCGGUUCGCUUGGGACCCGGGGCCGGGGCCGCGUCGCUCCGGCCUAGCCCCGCGGCCCUCGUUGCCCGCGCCGGGGCAUGCUCGGGACCCACGGCUGCUCCAGCACAGACGCCCAGGCCUCAGGUCUCUGCCCCCGCGUGGGGCCCCGGCCGUGAGGCCGGAGGGAGCGGCCGGAUGGAGCGGAGGAUGAAAGGCGAAUACUUGGACCAGCAAGUGCCCUACACCUUCUGCAGCAAAUCGCCCGGAAAUGGGAGCUUGCGCGAAGCGCUGAUGGUCCCGCAGGGGAAGCUCAUGGACCCCGGCUCCCUGCCGCCUCCCGACUCCGAAGAUCUCUUCCAAGAUCUAAGUCACUUCCAGGAGACUUGGCUCGCUGAAGCUCAGGUCCCAGACAGUGAUGAGCAGUUUGUCCCUGAUUUCCAUUCAGAAAACUUAGCUUUCCACAGCCCCACCACCAGGAUCAAGAAGGAGCCCCAGAGUCCCCGCACAGAACCGGCCCUGUCCUGCAGCAGGAAGCCACCACUCCCCUACCACCAUGGCGAACAGUGCCUUUAUUCCAGUGCCUAUGACUCCCCCAGACAAAUCGCCAUCAAGUCCCCUGCCCCCGGUGCCCCAGGACAGUCGCCUUUGCAGCCCUUUCCCCGAGCAGAACAACGGAGUUUCCUGAGAUCCUCUGGCACCUCCCAGCCCCACCCUGGCCAUGGGUACCUCGGGGAGCACAGCUCCGUCUUCCAGCAGCCCCUGGACAUUUGCCACUCCUUCACAUCUCAGGGAGGGGGCCGGGAACCCCUCCCAGGCCCCUACCAACACCAGCUGUCGGAGCCCUGCCCACCCUACCCCCAGCAGAGCUUCAAGCAGGAAUACCAUGAUCCCUUGUAUGAACAGGCCAGCCAGCCAGCUGUGGGCCAGGGUGGGGUCAACGGGCACAGGUACCCAGGGGCAGGGGUGGUGAUCAAACAGGAGCAGACGGACUUUGCCUACGACUCAGAUGUCCCUGGGUGUGCAUCAAUGUACCUCCACACAGAGGGCUUCUCCGGGCCCUCUCCAGGUGAUGGGGCCAUGGGCUAUGUCUACGAGAAACCCCUGCGACCAUUCUCAGAUGACGUCUGCGUUGUCCCUGAGAAGUUUGAAGGAGACAUCAAGCAGGAAGGGGUUGGUGCAUUCCGAGAAGGGCCUCCCUACCAGCGCCGGGGUGCCUUGCAGCUGUGGCAGUUCCUGGUGGCCCUGCUGGAUGACCCAACAAAUGCCCAUUUCAUUGCCUGGACAGGCCGGGGGAUGGAGUUCAAGCUAAUCGAGCCUGAAGAGGUUGCCAGGCUCUGGGGCAUUCAGAAGAACCGGCCGGCCAUGAAUUACGACAAGCUUAGCCGCUCACUCCGAUACUAUUAUGAAAAGGGCAUCAUGCAGAAGGUGGCUGGUGAGCGUUACGUGUACAAGUUUGUGUGCGAGCCCGAGGCCCUCUUCUCUCUGGCUUUCCCGGACAAUCAGCGUCCAGCUCUCAAGGCUGAAUUUGACCGGCCGGUCAGUGAGGAGGACACGGUCCCUUUGUCUCAUUUGGAUGAGAGCCCCGCCUACCUCCCGGAGCUGGCUGGUCCUGCCCAGCCCUUUGGUCCCAAGGGUGGCUAUUCUUACUAGUCUGCAGCCACAGGAGGUGCUGCCCUGUGUACAUAUAGAUGAGUUUGAUGUUGGGGAAACCGUCAUUCUGAAACCCACAGAUGCCUCUGGGGCAGAUUCCAUCAGUUGCCUGGGCCCAAACUUUGGGAAGGAAAAGUGGGGAACCAGCAAGUCUACAGACAGUCUCAUAAACUUCCCUCAUCCUGGCAGGGGGGUAUGGGGUUCACUGAGCCCCCGAUCUCCCACUGUGGGGAGACAAGCCUGGACUCUGCUUUCUGCCCCAAGCUGUGGCCCUGGGGGGCCCUGUGUCAGUUUUUGGUGCUCUGUGUUCCAGAGGCAGGGAGAGGGUAAGAAAGGAGGAUGGGAUGGGGAGAGGGGUAGAGCCAGGGAGAGGCGUCCUGCUCCAAGGGACCCUUCGCCUCUGAGGAGAGGCCUCUUCCUGGGCCCAAGCCUGGGGUCUACCUUCAGCUUCACCACAUCUGCCAGACUUUACUAAUAAAGGCCCUGCUUCUCCUGUUA